AUGGCGCGACAGAUGCCCAUCACAGUACUCUAUCGGGAGUCUGGUUCAGGAUGCGAUGAGAUCCCUAUGCGGGUCGGAACGGGCGCUCCCCGUGAAGACGCCGGGUACAACGCGUUCGAAUUGUUUCUGCCCCCUGGCAAGACCGUGGCGACCGUGUCGGAUCUCGUGGGGGCGUUUCCGCUGGGCCCGUCGUAUCACCUCGACGUCCUCCGGCCGGACGGCAUCUUCGAGAGCGUGCGGGACCUAGACCUGGGAUCGCCGGUGCCUUUCGCGGGGGGAAACAUCAUCACGUGCAGGGUGUUCCGGCUCGCUUGCCCCCCCGGGUACGCCUCCGGAGGCACGGGGAAGAUGCUUCCGUCCGCGGGGGGCGGCGGCGGCGGGGGCGGCGGCGGCAACGUGGUGAAGGAUCUGAAGAAGAACGCCGGGAAGGCCACCAAGGGGCUGUUCGGGCUGGUGAGCGGGGCUGUUCAGCGCACGGCGGAGUACCUGACGCACCAGGAGAUGACGGUCGGGGUGUACAAGGUGCAGAUCGUGAGAGAGAUGGCCGAGGGAGGCUUCAGCACGGUCUAUCUGGUCCGCGACGCUCGCACACGAGAACAUCUGGCCCUGAAGCGGAUGCUGUGCCAGGAACGAGACUCUACCGAGGCCGCCCACCGGGAGGUGCAGGUGCUGAGAGCAGUGGCGCACAGGAACGUCAUCGCGUUGCUGGACCAGGUGAGCAUGCCUUCCAAGACCCACCCUGGCGCCCGCGAGUUCCUGCUCCUCUUCCCGUACUACGAGCGCGGGACCGUCUGGGACGCGAUCGUCAAGGCGUCGGAGAACGGCCCGCCGUGGCCAUACCCGGAGCCGUCGGCGCUGCGGGUGUUCCUGGACGCGUGCUGCGGGGUCAACGCCAUGCACUCGCACGGCUACGCCCACCGGGACAUGAAGGUUUCCACUCGCAAGGAAGCCCUUUUGCUCGAAGAUGAGGCCUCCGUCGUGUGCUCCGCCCCUUACCGCCCCCCGGAGCUGACCACCGUCGAGCCCGGAGCGGUGAUCGACGAGAGGGUGGACGUGUGGGCGCUCGGCUGCACGCUGUACGCCAUGGCGUUCGGCCACAGCCCGUUCGAGAGCCCGCGGGAAGGGGUGAUGAAGCUCGCCAUCCUCAACGGCAAGUUCAGCUUCCCGAGAGGGCGGCGGGGUCCCCUCGGACAGGAGUACUCGACCGGGUUCUGCGAGCUGAUUGGCUGGAUGCUGACGGCCGAUCCGACGUCGCGGCCGCGGUGCCCCGAGAUCAUCAAGCGGAUCCAGGAGCUCAUUACCCGGCGGUGA